AGUAAAAAAAAAAACGAAGAAUACAAUGAAAAGUGUUGUACCCACAACAUUUGGUGGUAUGCAUGCACUUGGCAAAUCGCACCACAAACGUACACCUUUAUUUCAGAUCCCACAUUGUUAAAAGCUAAAGUCGUUUCAUCUUACUCAAUGCCAACCGUUCGAUCGUAAUCCAACGGUACACAUCACGCGUGUGUACUUAUCUCACGUUGAAUCCGUGACACCCACUCACAUUCUCUUUCCUCUCCCUCUCCCUCUCCCUCUCUCUCUCUCCUCUGCAACUCCCGGUGGUCGAGAAGCCCUAACCACCUCCGAAACACCGUCGUUUUGUUCCCCGCGUUUUUCCACCACUCGGAAGAGAAGUGCUUUCAACGAAUUUGCUUUUUCACAACUCAACAUGGAAAAUUCGUGAAUCAGUUUGUCCUCCCUCACCUUGUGUUAAUCUUUGGAGCUUAUCAUUUUUUCUGUAAGUUAGGUUAUUAUUCUUCUUGUCAAUUUAAUUUCUGCCUUACCGUUUCGUCAAUUAAUUCCCUCAAUUUUUUAGAUUAAGCUUCAGUGUUAUUGUAGACUAUGAAUUAGACAAAGUAGCAUAGGAGUAUACAUUGUUUCAAAUGGAUGUUCAUGUGAUAAAUGCUGAAGAAGAAAGUGAUCAUCAAGCUAAGUCAGAUGACGCGGAUGCAGAACCUAGUGACAGUGAAAUUAACAAUGCUGAAAACUCUGGAUUUUACGAUGAGGAUGGGAUUUCCGAGCCGUAUUUGGGUAUGGAAUUCGAUUCAGAAGAAGUUGCCAAGGCUUACUAUGAUGAUUACGCGAAGCACAUCGGUUUCACCUCUAAGGUUGGCUCACGUAGCCGCGCUAAAGCCGACGGGUUGAAUGUGUAUAAGGAGUUUGUGUGUGAGAGGGAGGGUUUAAAGAAAAGGUUUAAUGAGGGGUGUGACGCGAUGAUUAGGAUUGAGCUGAAGGGUCAAAAUAAAUGGGUUGUAACCAAGUUUGUGAGGGAGCAUAGUCAUUCGACGGGGAGUUCCAGCGAGGCGCCGAGCCUUCAUCAGGGUAAGCAUUUUUCCAGUGUCGGGAGGACUAUGCCUGAGAGUUAUCAAGGAGUUGGACUUGUUCCGAGUGGUGUCAUGUAUUUAUCUAUGGAUGGGAAUCAUCAUAUUUCUAAUCAGAAUAGUUGUGCGGUGCUAAAUAUUCAUGCUGCCACUGCUUCUGAAGUAAGUCACCCUGUUAAAAAUGCCACAUCAGGUAAUUAUACUGUCAGGCCCCCUUUUCAAAACAGGACAUUAGGGAAGGAUGCCCAUAAUCUGCUGGAGUAUUUUAUGAAAAUGCAGGCUGAGAAUCCUGGUUUCUUCUAUGCUAUACAGCUGGAUGAAGACAAUCAUAUGUCGAAUGUCUUUUGGGCUGAUGCCCGAUCCAGGACAGCUUACAGUCAUUUUGGUGAUGCAGUUCAUCUGGAUACCACGUGCAGAGCUAACCAGUAUAGAGUGCCAUUUGCUCCUUUUACUGGAGUCAACAAUCAUGGCCAGGUGGUUUUGUUUGGUUGUGCACUCCUUUUGGACGACUCGGAGGCUUCUUUUUUGUGGCUCUUUAAGACAUUUCUCACAGCAAUGAAUGAUCGACAGCCUGUCUCGUUAAUUACCGAUCAAGACAGAGCCAUACAGGCAGCAGUUUCACAAGUUUUCCCACAAACUCGCCACUGUAUUAACAAGUGGCAUGUAUUGAGAGAAGGCCAGGAAAAGUUGGCCCAUGUGUGUCUAUCGCAUCCAAAUUUUCAGGGUGAACUUUAUAAUUGUAUUAACUUGACAGAAACCAUCGAAGAGUUUGAGUUGUCUUGGAAUUCUAUCCUUGAUAAAUAUGAGCUUAGAAGCAAUGAUUGGCUUCAGUCCUUGUAUAAUGCUCGUGCUCAAUGGGUUCCAGCAUACUUCCGUGAUUCAUUUUUUGCUGCAAUGUCUCCUAAUCAAGGAUUUGGUGGUUCUUUUUUUGAUGGUUAUGUCAUCCAACAGAUGACAUUGCCAUUGUUCUUUAAGCAAUAUGAAAAAGCUCUAGAGAGCUGGAUUGAAAAGGAAAUAGAAGCAGACUUCGAGACAAUUUGCACGACACCAGUUUUGAGGACACCUUCACCAAUGGAGAAACAGGCUGCUAAUCUUUAUACAAGAAAAAUAUUUUUGAAGUUUCAGGAAGAGCUAGUUGAAACUUUUGUUUAUACUGCAAAUAUAAUUGAAGGAGAUGAUGUAAAUAGCACAUUCAAGGUUGCGAAAUUUGAGGAUGUUGACAAGGCAUAUACUGUUGCAUUCAACCAUGCUGAAUUGAGAGCUAACUGUACUUGCCAAAUGUUUGAGUAUUCAGGCAUUCUUUGCAGGCACAUUUUAACUGUUUUCACUGUGACAAAUGUACUUACAUUACCAUCCUAUUACAUCUUAAAACGGUGGACAAAAAAUGCAAAAAGUAGCGCUGGAUCGGAUGAACGUACUGGUGAAUUACAUAGUCAGGAGUCUCUGACAUUGAGGUACAGUAAUCUAUGUCGGGAAGCCAUAAGAUAUGCCGAGGAAGGAGCAGUAACUGUGGAAACUUAUAAUGCUGCAGUGACUGGUCUUAAAGAAGGUGGAAAGAAGGUUGCUGCGAUGAAAAGAAGUGUUGCCAAAGCAACACCUCCUAAUAAUCAAGUCAGCGGGACUACUUAUAAUGACAAGAAGACCACCACCAGUUCAACUUCAGAUUUAACUCCUCUUUUGUGGCCGCGACACGAUGAAAUAACGAGGUUUAAUCUUAAUGAUUCUGGUGGUCCAGUUCAAUCAGUUGCUGACCUAAAUUUGCCACGAACGGCCCCAGUGUAUCUUCAUCGAGAUGAUGGUUCUUCUGGAAACAUGGCGGUUCUUCCAUGCCUAAAAUCCAUGACAUGGGUAAUGGAGAACAAAAACUCCAGUCAUGGGAGUAAAGUAGCUGUUAUCAAUCUGAAGUUGCAAGAUUAUGGUAGGAGUCCAUCAACAGAAGCUGAGGUUAAGUUUCAGCUCUCAAGAGUUUCUUUGGAGCCAAUGCUGAAGUCUAUGGCCUAUAUCAGUGAACAGCUCUCAACACCAGCAAAUAAGGUUGCUGUAAUAAAUCUCAAGCUUCAAGAUGCGGAUACAACAUCCGGCGAGUCAGAAGUUAAGUUUCAGGUGUCCAAGGAUACAUUGGGUGCUAUGCUACGAUCAAUGGCCUAUAUCCGCGAGCAACUAUCUCAUGCUGGAGAUGGACAAUCAGAACCUCUGUUGAAAAAGCAUAGGAAGUAAAGCAUCAAAUUUUCAUUUCAUACCCAGGUGGCGGUGGCUGUGGCUGUCUGUCUUCUUAAUGGAAGUCCAAUGACCACUGAGUACAGAAAGCAGAAAACUUAGAAGUUGUAGUGUUUGUUUUAGUGUGAUUAGCCUCUUUUUUUCUCCAUGUUUGUUCUCUAAUACACUCAGAUAUAUCUUAGGAAGCAGCUUUAAUUUAGAUUUGUCCUUUCAUCCUUUAUUUUUGGUCCAACACUCACCCCCUUCAUCAAUUAACCUAUAGUUUUAUAAAUUAAGGCCUAAUAAAGGUACCUAGUGUGGGUUCAGCUUCUCCGUAAUCGCUACUAAUCAACCAUUCAUAUUUUCCGACUUAUAUCCGGACCACACAAGUUGUUUGAAUGCAUUGAUGUUGGGGGUGGGAAAAUUGGUCUCCAAAUAGUGUGUAGCAUAAGGGAAAUAAUAGUUGUAGCAAAAGAAUUAUGGUUGGUGACACACCAUUAUUGAUAUAUAAAUUGCAUUUAUCAGA